ACACCUUCGGGAUGAAUGCUCGAUCUUACCAUUCUUCGUCGUCAGCGUGGAAGUCGAACUUCCCCACGCCCGACACCGGACCAUCUUUUUCCUAGAGAAGGACGAUGACUCGCUUUCCUUCGAUGCUGUCAUCAUCUCUCUCUUUUUAUUUCCUUUGAAUCGUGUCAAAAUCCAUGCACUGGGGGAAACCAACAACAGAAGAAAGGAGAAAUCGUCAUCGCUUGCGAAAGCGCCCCGGGAAUCACCCUGCUGAAUCCCACGCCACUCUUAUUUUUCUCUUAUUACUAGGUGUCUAUUUUCUCGGAAUUCCUUCAUCCCCCCGGCGUUUCUUCCACCCAUUUCCUCAACCAUCCAUCUCAUCGAUCUAUCCUGUAUCUUUUACCAAAAUCACCACCACCACCAUCAAAUCAUCAUCAUCAUCAUCAUCAUCAUCAUCAUAUCUCUGAUGCAUUUUCCUUUUAUUGUUAUUUUUUAUUUUACCAUCAUCCUCAAUUUCAACCAAUCUGUACAGAAGAAGAAGAGGAAGCAAGCAAGAAAGAAAGAAUUAUUAUUUCCGUCCCCGGACCAACCUCCAAUUUAUAUCCCUUUUCGUCCUUCGGUCUUGUUUCUUUUACAAUUAUCGGCAACUCCAUCCAUCCAUCCAUCUAUCCCUCUGAAGCCGUUGUAUCACAACCGAGUAAAAGCAGUCCCACAAAAGAACUGCUCUAUUUAUUACUACUACUACUAUUCCCUCCCACUCGACACGUUCCAACACCCGUCAUAUCUGUUUUCCCUCUUCAUAUCGUGGAGCAUUUACUGCCCACACGAUCGCGGAGCGGGUUCGCCGGACCCCCCGCCGUCUGUUCGCCGCAGCAGUGGCACUGGUAUAACGCAUGCAUGCGCUCGCGCGCGGGCGAAACUGGAUCUAUCCUAUAUCUCCGAGAAUCGGAAAGCUUUGGUUUCCCAUCCGUCAAUCAUAGAGGAGUCUUUCUCUUUUCUUCCAUUUCUCAUUUCUCUCUCCCCCCCUCUCAAAGCUGUCUGUCUGUCCGUCUCCCGUAGCUCUCUCAAAAUCUCCUCCUUGCCUUGAGAUCGGCCUGUUUCUGUCUUUCUGUGGAUGGGAGUAUGUUUUGCGAGGGGGGCGGGGGACAUUGCGGAUCUUU